AGUAUUAGAAUUUUAUUUGUGCACAAACCAAAUUAAAAGGAAAUUCAUCAAGUUUUGGUGAUUUUCCUAUCCUACAUUUGUGGUUGAAUUUGAAAAUCAAACUUGAUUAAUCAUGCAGUGUGGUCCAUAUUUCUCAGAAAUUCGAUGACGUCAUCUCAUAACCUUUGUUUCGCAACACUUUGACAUUUUUGAUGCUUGUGUAUUAGUUGUGUAGCACACACAUCGCUAGUAACUGAUUUUUUUCUCUGUCUUUCUGAUUUGUCUUGGUUAGACACAAUGAAUCCAUAUCAGAGCGAAGGAACUUGCUGUGGAAAGAUGAAACGCAAAUGUAAAUGCAAACGAUCAGCCAGAAAGGUUACUGUGAAGCAAGAAGUUGUGGUCAAAGAAGAACCCACGGAUGGCAUCGAAAUGCUUCAUUAUCCACUACCACCGUCACCAGUCGAAGCUAACGCCUCAAUCAAAUCAGAGAGCGAAAGUGACAGCGAAGUCGAACCUGUGAAGAAGGAAAUCAAAUGCGAAGACGAAUGCUUGACGGAAAAAGACGAAAUAGAAGAAGAUAGAGAUGAAUUAGUUGGUAAAGACUCAAGCGGACCAAGACCAAAGUUGAACAGCAAGGGAGCAAAUCGUAAACGAAAAGGCGAUGGCAAGAAGAACAAAGGCACAAAAAGAGAUCGCAACGGGAAAAUAUCGAAAAAACUAGUGGCAAGUGGACAGAAGAAACACAAAUGUCAUUUGUGUGAUUAUGCUUCAUCACACAAAUCACAUCUCACAAUACAUAUUCGAACCCACACUGGCGAGAAGCCUUUUGAAUGCGAAAUAUGUGCCUUGGCUUUUGCAGACAAAAGCAAUUUGAAAAAGCACAAGAAAAUCCAUAGUCUAAAAUUUCCGUUCAAUUGUUCAAAGUGUCGUAGAGGAUUUACAGAAGAAGCUGUAAAGAUCAACCAUGAAAAUGGAUGCAAAGUUCACCAGUACGCAUGCUACCUAUGUGGAACAGCCAUUCGGGACAUGUCAAAUCUAAAGCAACACAUGCGAAUCCAUAGUGGCGUUAAGCCAUUCGAAUGCCAUGUGUGUUCCAGAGCAUUUGCAAUCAAAUAUAAUCUCAACAUUCAUUUGCGAACUCACGUCAAGCAACUGUCAAGAAGUGCUAUCGACCAUUUGUACAAGAAGGCGAUAAGAAAGCACACGAAGAACGUUGUAAUCGUCGCCUGAAUCAGUGCUACGUGUGUAAAGAUUUAAAGACAGAUUCACGUCACUUAAAGCUUCACAUGCGAAGCCAUCAUACGGGUGAAAAACCAUUUCCAUGCAAACUAUGCGAUGCACGAUUUGCAGUGCAAGGUAGUGUAA